AUGCCUGCUGCCGUAUCUCAUCGGCUGCUGGAGGGUCGGCUGGUGGCUGAGGGCACGGCCCCGCCGCCCCCCGCCCGGCCCGGCGGCACCGGCCUGAAGUUCGGGCUGUUGUCGCCGGAGCUGCACGCUCGCCUCCUGGACCAGGAGGACUACAGGAACCGCACGCAGGCGGUGGAGGAGCUGAAGAGGGUGGUCGGAGGGACCAGCCAGGCCGCGGUGAGCUCCGCGCCGGCUCCCAGCCUGCUGGGGCUCAUCAGCUUCCUCUACACCCUCCUGGAUGACUCCAACUUCAAGGUGGUGCUCGGGGCCUUGGAGGUGGUACAUCUGCUGGCCCUGCGCCUGGGCGACCAGGUCCAGGCCUUCCUGGCGCCUCUGGUCUCCGCUGCUGCUAAAGUCCUGGGGGACAACAAGGUGGCCAUCCGGCAGGAGUACAACCGCCUGCUGCUGCGGCUGAUGAGGGCAGCGGGUCCUCAGCAGGUGCUGGGCCUGCUGCUGCAGCGGGAGUACCUGCAGCACAAGAACUCCAAAGUCCGCGAGGAGGUGGUCAACAUCUGCAUCGUGGCCCUUCUCACUUACCCCAGCAAGGAGCUGGACUUGGCCAAGCUGGCCUUCGGGCUGGCUCCGGCGCUGGUGGACGGCAAGCGCAGGGUCCGGCACGCUGCCAUGGAAGCGUUUGCUGUGCUGGCGGCUUCCCUGGGCCCAGGCCAGAGCACCCUUCUCUUUAAGGCGGUGGAUUCUGUGGAGCUCGAGGACAACGGGGACGGGGUGAUGCAUGCAGUGCAGGCCAGGCUGGCCAGAAAGACCUUGCCGAAGCUCGUAGACCAAGGGUUUGUGGAGUACGCUGUGCCCUUGCCAUCAUCUGGCCAUAACAGGGGCUUCUGUUUGCCCCCCGGAGCAGAUACGGACUGGCUCUUGAUGGGCAGCAGGACUCAGAGCGCGCACAGCUACUGCGGGUACCACGCCAGGGACGAUGCUCUGCAGAGCUCCGGCGCCCACGCUGCGUGUGCCGAGCAGGGGAUAAGUCCAAGAAGAGUCUUGAGUGCAGGUAAAGGGAAAAACAAACUGCCCUGGGAGAACGAGCACGCUGGAGACAGGGAAGGUGCUUCAGGAGUCAAGAUGCCUUUCGCAAAGGGUGUGGAGCAGUUCUCUACAUCCAAUGAUUUUCUUCAUUCUCCAAGGUUAAGGCCCUCUCAAGGAGUACCAGUCAGUGAUGAGUUAUUUUUUAGUAGAAAAAGAGCUUCAAGGAAUUUAUUUCAGAAUAGUGUAGAUUUUCUCUCUGAGCAUUCUUCUGUUUGUGCCGGUGCUAUGGGCUCUCAUCAGCCGCAAAUUUCAGGGAAAUGUGGAACACUUGGACACACACAGACACAUGGGAAGAGUGGUAGUGUGGACUCUGAUUUGCAAUUUUUAGGAUUAAAUAACUGUCAGCAAGACAAAGUUUCUGCCAGCCUAAAUUUUUCCGGCAAGACCCAGAGAAGUUUUUGCAAUCAAGCAGAGCAUGUGAUGCCCUUCCAAGGUCCUAACGCAAGCCAGGGCACCUUCAUCCUGCCGUCUUACCCUCUGUCGUCACCCAGGACCAGCCCAAAGCACAGCUCCUCUCCAGCUGACUCUCCACAGAAGUCACAAGAUAACACCAUGAACUUCUCAAACUCCUGGCCCCUUAAAAGCUUCGAAGGACUGCCUAAGCCUGCUUCACAGAAGCAGCCCCUGGGCCAGAAGUCAGGAGACAAUACAGGGGACAAUUUACAGGAGAAACAUUCUCCUCUGCAGCUGAAACCCACCCUGGUGAGACACCCGGCCUCCCGCGGGGGCCUGAACGGCACCAGACCCGUGCCCCCCAUACCCCGCCUCGCCAGCCUGCUGCCCGACAAGAUUGAAUUAAACGUGACAAGGUGGAGAAACGAAGAGAGUGAGGAGCUGUGGCUGAAUGACGUGGACAGGAAGCUUGCGGCUGAUCUGUCAGAGCUAAAUGUUGAUGGCGAGGAAGUGGACCCAGAAGAGAUGCAGAACUCACUUAGAUCUCUACGAAACAGCGCGGCUAAGAAAAGGGCGAAGCUAAGCAGCAGCAUUUCAGACCUUGAAAGUCCCGAUUCUGCCCUUAAACUUGAUCUGUGCGUGGACUCCCCCUCCCAGGCCGGCUCCCCCAGCCAAGGCAGAGUCGGCAGCCGGGAGUCGCUGAGCUCGCCCCUGCCCGCCGCCCCCCGGAGGAGGAGAAUAACGUCAGACACCUUCCCGCUACUUAGCAGCAAAUCACAGCUUGCGAGGUUAUCUUCAGCAAGAAACAGGGACCCAAACGUGGCAGAACUUCACUCCAGCACAGCAUUUGAUGAUAAGUCGACUUCUAAUGUUGGUGUAGUUGGCCAACGAUUGAACUGUGGCAACGGGUGCGGAGAUUACGCGGACACGAAGCAAGGAGAAGUGUCACGUACCACUUUUAAAAGUCAAGAUAUGGAACAUCAAAGAAAUUUUAAGCAUUCAAAAGGUCUUGCAGAGUCAACGCCUACUUUUCCAGAGAUGAACAAUCCAGAUUUCAUUUCACCAAGCAUCCUGUCUGAAGAUGCAGUUGUAAUUGUUGGUAAAGGUGUUUUUGGGAGUCCUCCUUCUGCACAGACACCCAGCCCCUGCCCAGCGUGCGUGGGGACUGGGGAUGAGGAGGAGAGCGAGGCGUCGCCAGGGAGCUGCGCGAGGAGCAGCCAGCAGAGCAGUGCUGCUCAGCUCCACGUGGAAAAUGAGACAGAGCUAAAAGUUGCCAUGUCAAAAUCUGCCCAAGAUAAGAUGAGGAGGAAGAAAAAGGAACAAAAAGAACAGAAAGAACAUCAGGAAGUCAAAGGCCUCGAAGGGAAGGAAGAAAACCCUUGGGAAAGACUUAAACUGAAUGAACCAGAGAACACGGCAACAGAAAAGGUAAAUCUUUGUGAGGAUGUAUUAACAUCACCAAGAAGUGUGUCUUUGUCAUUAGAAAACAUGGCCUCGAAUCCUUCAUUUAAAAGAAAAUCCAGUUUGAAGAAGACAAAAUGUUCAUCCUUGCUGGAUUCUGAUGAAAUUUCUCCUGGGACACGAGGGCGCUCUAAAGAGCAGGCUCCAUCAGUCACUCAUAGCCCAGAAAUAAUGGACCCAUCAGAACUGCAGCCCUUCUCGAAGCCGGAGGCGGCACUGGCCGAAGCCUUGGUGCUUUUAGGCGAUGAGGACUGGGAGAAGAAAAUUGAAGGUCUGAACUUUGUUAGAUGCUUGUCUGCCUACCACGCGCCUGUUCUGACUGCAAGGCUACAUGAAACGAGUUUGGCUGUGGCUCAAGAGGUCAAGAAUUUACGCUCAGGUGUUUCUCGAGCUGCUGUGGUCUGUUUAGGGGAUUUGUUCACCUACCUGAAAAAGAGCAUGGAUCAAGAACUAGAUAAUACAGUAAAAGUCCUUUUGCACAAAGCUGGUGAAUCCAACACUUUUAUAAGGGAAGAGGUAGACAAAGCACUGAAGGCUAUGGUUAAUAAUGUGACUCCAGCACGUGCACUUUGUUCUCUUAUAAAUGGAGGGCAAAGCCACCUGCACUCCGCGGUGAGGAGAUGCACAGCCCAGCACCUCUCGGACAUUGUAGAACGGAUGGGACCGGAGCGGAUUCUGUCUGGCACCAAAGUUGUGGCGGAUCGGGUUUUCCCUGCCAUCGGCAGGUUUGCACAGGACAGUUCCCAGCAGACAAGGUAUUACGGUCGAAAGAUGCUCUUCAGUAUGAUGACUCAUCCUGAUUUUGAUAAAACACUUGAAAAAUACGUGCCGACCAAGGAUUUGCCUUACAUUAAGGAAUCGGUUAGCAAUCUGCGUGAAAAGGGUCUGGGGGAGAUGCCGUUGGAUACACCCUCAGCAAAAGGAAGACGUUCCCAUACUGGAAGUGUUGGACACUCGAGGUCAUCAUCUACUUCCAGAGAUGCUCUCAACGUCACGGACAGAGAGACUACAGAAGCCCGUGAAGUCACAAGAAAAGCAGGUCCUCGUAAUUCACUAGAAAGUGAAGAAUACGUUAAAGACAUUAUAGGUCUGUUGAAUGGAAAGGACUUCCGUGAUCGCAUAAACGGCAUUAAGCAGCUGUUAUCAGAUACAGAGAACAAUCAAGGCUUUGUUGUUGCAAACAUCGUGAAGAUCUUUGAUGCUUUCAAGUCUCGCUUGCAUGACUCGAACAGUAAAGUAAAUCAGGUUGCUUUGGAGACAAUGCACAAGAUGAUUCCGUUGCUGAAAGACAAUUUGUCCCCUGUGAUCAACAUGUUAAUUCCUGCCAUGGUGGACAACAACCUGAACUCCAAAAACCCAGGGAUUUAUGCAGCUGCCACCAAUGUCAUUCAGGCUCUGUGUCAACACUUAGACAACUAUUUGCUCCUCCAGCCGUUCUGCACAAAAGCUCAGUUUCUAAAUGGAAAAGCAAAACAAGACAUGACAGAAAAGCUUGCCGAUCUUGUAACGGAGUUAUACCCACGGAAGCCGUACGCCGUGGAGCAGAAAGUUCUCGUUGUCCUGUGGCACCUCCUGGGGAACACGACAAACAGCGGCUCCCUGCCCGGGGCCGGGGGAAACAUCCGCACGGCCACAGCCAAACUCUCCAAAGCACUUUUUGCACAGAUGGGUCCGAGUCUGUUAACUCACGCCGCCUCCCAGCCCCCGCACAUCAAGAAGAGUUUAGAAGAGUUUUUGGAGAUCGCAACCUAAAAGAAACCAUCUCGGGGCCUGGGGGAAGCUCCGCCAGCCCACCAGCUGUCCACAGCCCCGCGUUGCUGCCUCGCAGGGCAG